GUUCCUCGGGCAGAGGCGCUGAGAGGAGAAUGACUACGAUUUAGGAACGUGGUCUUUGGAAGGAGGAUAAGGCCUCCAGGUGCCGCAGCGCUCACACUCCAGCUAAGCGUAGCACUCUGCCAGAAAUGGACCGAUCGGAGGACAAUGGGAACUGCGGGCGGUACAAGCUAGUGGGUGGCGCGGGGCAUGCCGGGAGGCGUGGUUCCUGCGCCUGGAGGAUCCUGGGUGAUGUAGUCCGGGCGCCUGCUGGGGUGGGCUGGGGGUCGCUCCUCAGCUGGUGGCCGGAGCAGCACCUUGUUCUUUGGUGGCGUUGAUGUACUUUCAAGAUACUGUCCUCCUUCGGGGAGGCUGGGAAGGUGGCUCCAGGGUUCCAGAGAGCCGAGAGAAUAGUGGUGCACAUGGCAUUCAGAGAUGUGGCUGUGGAUUUCUCCCAGGAGGAGUGGAGCCUGCUGAACCCUGCUCAGAGGUCCCUGUACAAAGAGGUGAUGUUGGAGAACUACAGCAACCUGGUCUCUCUGGGAAUUCCAUUUUCAAAACCAAAACUCAUCACCCAGCUAGAGCAAGGGAAAGACACAUGGCAAGAGGAGAGAACAUGUCCACAGGUGGCCUGCCAAGCACAGGCAAAGCGGGAACUCUGCCCCGGUCCUGUCUGCCCUCCAGAUCUCACCAAUCAGAAACUCCCUGUGCAGCACGUGCUGAGUGAUCGCGCCCCAUGGAUCUUCACACGCCUAUGUGACCCAGGGGACUUCUGUGACGGGGCCCAGGAGAAGCGCAGGGUCUCUGAUAAGAGCUCCUGCAGAGAGAAAUCAGAAGGUGGAGAGAGAGAAGGUGCCAGGCCUCCAUCUAGAAGGACAAAGAAAAGGGGUUUGGGAGCCCUCUGCAGGCCAUCCCAAAGGCAGCCAGUCAGCUCUCGGAAUGGCAUCAGAUGGGUAGGGGUGGAGGCCAGUUCAGCUCAAGCUGGGAGCACGGAAGAGCCCGAAAAGCUGCUGAAGCGGAUAGAAGUCUUGGGAUUUGGACCGGUCAACUGCGGAGAGUGUGGGCUGGGCUUCCGCAAGAUGACGAACCUGCUUAGUCACCAGAGGGUCCAUUCAGGAGAGAAGCCAUAUGUGUGUGGGGUGUGUGAGAAGGGCUUCAGUCUGAAGAAGAGCCUUGCCAGACACCAGAAGGCACACUCUGGGGAAAAACCCGUGGUGUGCAGGGAGUGUGGGCGGGGUUUUAACCGGAAGUCGACACUCAUCAUUCAUGAGAGGACGCACUCGGGCGAGAAGCCUUACAUGUGCCGUGAGUGUGGACGAGGCUUUAGCCAGAAGUCAAACCUCAUCAUCCAUCAGAGGACACAUUCAGGGGAGAAGCCGUAUGUGUGCAGGGAGUGUGGCAAAGGCUUCAGCCAGAAGUCAGCUGUUGUGAGGCACCAGAGGACACACUUGGAGGAGAAGACCAUUGUGUGCAGUGACUGUGGCCUUGGCUUCAGCGACAGGUCAAACCUCAUCUCCCACCAACGGACGCACUCAGGGGAAAAGCCUUAUGCCUGCCAGGAGUGCGGGCGGUGCUUCAGGCAGAGGACAACCCUUGUCAAUCACCAGAGGACUCACUCAAAGGAGAAGCCUUACGUGUGUGGCGUCUGCGGGCACAGCUUUAGCCAGAAUUCAACUCUCAUUUCUCACAGGAGGACGCACACUGGGGAGAAGCCAUACGUGUGUGGGGUGUGUGGACGAGGCUUUAGUUUGAAGUCGCACCUCAACAGACACCAGAACAUCCACUCAGGGGAGAAGCCCAUUGUGUGCAAGGAUUGCGGCCGAGGCUUCAGCCAGCAGUCAAAUCUCAUCCGGCACCAGAGGACGCACUCCGGGGAGAAGCCCAUGGUGUGUGAGGAAUGUGGACGAGGCUUCAGCCAGAAGUCAAACCUCAUCGCACACCAGAGGACACACUCGGGAGAAAAGCCGUACGUGUGCCGAGACUGUGGGCGAGGCUUCAGUCACCAGGCUGGGCUCAUCAGACACAAGAGGAAGCAUUCGAGGGAGAAGCCAUACGUGUGCAGGCAGUGUGGCCUGGGUUUUGUCAACAAGUCGGCUCUGAUCACACAUAAGCGGGCCCACUUGGAAGAGAAGCUUCGUGGGUGCAGGGAGUGUGGUCAAAGCUUCGUCCAGAAGUCACACCUCACCCUGCAUCAGAUGGCACACAAGAGGGAGGAGACUCACACAUGCAGGACCUGCGGGCAAGGCUCUAGGCAAAGGUCUCACCUUAGCAGACACAGGAAGAUGAAAUGUGCCCACCACCAACUGCCCCUGCAGCCUGACUCUGAAGCCUAUUUGGGGCAGCCGUCUGACCCCUUCUGUUCCCUUUGAAAAUGAAGAUUUUCAAAGAAAGGAUUCAUUGUCCAAACUCUUACACUUCCAUGAAGUAGGAAAAUGGACUUCAUAAGACCUGUGGACAGCAACUCAGCCUACUUCCUUUCCAGUCUCAUGUUGUGUGGCCUUUUGUCUAGUAAACUCGGCUUCUUUACAGAUUUGCAACCUGAUCUGUGAUUCUCAUUCUCUUGGGAAGGUGGACCUUUCAGGUAUCGUGAACUCACUGUUCACAAAAGAUCCAUUGCUUGGAUGAUAAAGGCACAGUUGCAAGGCUGUUAAGGCUUCGGAAAGAUUAAAUGUGUGGCUCAGCAACCACGCCAGGUGCUUUCAGGGAAUAUCAAGGCAGUCAUUCCACAACAUUUUGAUACUUCAAUCCACUUUGUGGAUGUGGUUUUAUCUAAUAGAAUGCAAUUCCAUUAAAAGUAUUGGAAACCCAAUAGAAAUACCAACUGAGAAAUGUGAUUUUCUUUUUCAUCCAAAUUCACUCCAAAAGUUGUUUUUAUACCUAAAUGUGCAUACCCGAUUUUUAUAAGAUGGCCCAGAAAUGCAGUUAGGUUUUUCUUUUUCGUUUUGAUUUCAUGUAGUUAGGUGGUUUGCCUGCAUGUAUCACAUGCAUGCUUGAGCCUCUGGAGGCCGGAACUUAAAGCAACAUCAGCUGCCUUAUAACUGGAGUUGCAGAUGGUUGUGCACCACCACGUGGGUGCUGGGAACUGAACCUGGUUCUCUGCAGGAGCAGCCAUUGAUUGCACUUUGCCUCCAAGACAUCGCCUCAGUCCCCAAGCGCAGUUUUUCAUCCAAAUUUGCAUACUAGGAUUAUCUGGAUACAACAGCUUAUUAUAGUUUCCUUUCAAAAUGCUCCUGAAACUAGGAUUUUUUUCAUCCAAAUCCAUUAGUUCUUGUAGUCUUUAGGAAAUAAUUGUGCCAGAUUUAAAGAAAGUGACUCAGGUAUGUGAUUUUUUUCCUUAGGUUUUUCAAGUGUUCAUAAAUGAUGUGCUACAUUAUUUACAAACUAUCAAGAAGUAAAUGGUUCAUAUCCUUCCACUCAAGUGUAGGGUUUUGGGGGACACAAGUGUGUUGUCAGGCUUCCCUCUGGGUGAUCAAGAAACAAAUUAAAAACCAAAUUUAUGUAAAUAGUGUGGACUUGGGGGAGGGAAAAACCAUACUUCUUCCCAGAUUUCCUAGAAAUGUGGUAUUUUCAUUUACAUCUGCUCAAGUGUGGAGGUUUAUAGAAACUAAAUCUUUUAAGAUAUGCAGAAAAUGUAACUUCUUACCAAAUUCACUGAAAUAGUGGAGGUUUUUUUUUUGUUACAUAUCCUUUGCAAGAGUUUUCUUCUAAAUGGCAUUGAAGUAUGAUUUUCUAGUCAAACUGGCUCAAAUAGAGAAGCUGUGAGAAAUAA